GGUUGCUCUCCCGGGCGGAAGCGGAAGGGGCGGGGCGGGGCUCCGCGGGACAAGACGCCAGCGCUGUCGCCCCUGCCGCCGCCUCCACAGUCAGUGCGGGCUGGGCCACAGAGGCAAGAUGGUGGAUUACAGCGUGUGGGACCACAUUGAGGUGUCCGACGAUGAAGACGAGACGCACCCCAACAUCGAUACGGCCAGCCUCUUCCGCUGGCGGCACCAGGCCCGGGUGGAGCGCAUGGAGCAGUUCCAGAAGGAGAAGGAGGAGCUGGACAGGGGCUGCCGCGAGUGCAAGCGCAAGGUGGCUGAGUGCCAGCGGAAGCUGAAGGAGCUGGAGUUGGCCGAGGGUGAGGGCAGCAAGGCAGAGCUGGAGCGGCUACAGGCGGAGGCCCAGCAGCUGCGCAAGGAGGAGCGGAACUGGGAGCAGAAGCUGGAGGAGAUGCGCAAGAAGGAAAAGAGCAUGCCCUGGAAUGUGGACACACUCAGCAAAGACGGCUUCAGCAAGAGCAUGGUCAAUACCAAGCCUGAGCAGGCAGAAGAGGAGUCAGAGGAGGUGAGGGAGCAGAAACACAAGACCUUCGUGGAGAAGUAUGAGAAACAGAUCAAGCACUUUGGCAUGCUCCGCCGCUGGGAUGACAGUCAGAAGUACCUGUCAGACAAUGUCCACUUGGUGUGUGAGGAGACAGCCAACUACCUAGUCAUCUGGUGUAUUGACCUAGAGGUGGAGGAGAAGUGUGCACUCAUGGAGCAGGUGGCCCACCAGACCAUUGUCAUGCAGUUCAUCCUGGAGCUGGCCAAGAGCCUGAAGGUGGACCCCCGCGCCUGCUUCCGGCAGUUCUUCACUAAGAUUAAGACGGCCGACCGCCAGUACAUGGAGGGCUUCAAUGACGAGCUGGAGGCCUUCAAGGAGCGUGUGCGCGGCCGUGCCAAGCUGCGCAUCGAAAAGGCCAUGAAGGAAUACGAGGAGGAGGAACGGAAGAAGCGGCUCGGCCCCGGUGGCCUGGACCCCGUGGAAGUCUAUGAGUCCCUCCCCGAGGAACUCCAGAAAUGCUUUGACGUGAAGGAUGUGCAGAUGCUCCAAGACGCCAUCAGCAAGAUGGACCCUGCGGACGCGAAGUACCACAUGCAGCGCUGCAUCGACUCUGGCCUCUGGGUCCCCAAUUCAAAGUCCAGCGAUGCCAAGGAGGGAGAGGAGGCAGGCCCCGGGGACACGGAUACCUUGCGGGAAGCCGUCAAGCCAGGCGAGGAAAAGGAUGUCAGCGCGUGACUCAGCCCAACCGCCACCCACUUGCCUGCAGGCUCUGUGCACCCCUUUUCAAAAAAUGGAAAUAGAUGCCAUUGCCCUAGCUCCUGGCUUCUUCCACUUUCACUGUGUCCCCCCAACCUGGGGGACCUGCCCCCUCAUGCACCCACCCCUCAGUGCUCAUCCAAGUCUUGCUUUGAGUCAGGGGGCUUCACUGCCUGCAGCUCCCCCAUCAGCUUUAUGCCAAAGGCCCAGGGGUCCAGAAAGGGGCAGAGGUCGCCAGGCUGGUCCAUGAGAAGGGGAGAGGGUCCCUAGCUGGGGGGCCUGCUCCAGUCAAUGUGGGCUCUGGUUCUACUGUUUGUCCACUGUCGAGUCUUCUAUAUGGAAACAGCAGUGAUUUUCCAAUAAAGGAUUUCACGUGCUCCACAGGGCCUCGCAAGGGCUGUUGGCACAGCUCUUCUCUUGGGAGGGUGGGGAGGAACCUGGUGAGUGUUGGUGGCUGGGCCUGUGACACCCGUGCUUUGUCCUCCAGCUAUCUGGGUGACUCCCUCUGUGCUCACUCCAGGCACUUGCUGUUCCACUGCCUGGAACACUCUUCCAUCAAAGUUUUUACCUAUCCCCCUCCCCCACCUACUUUUCAGUCCUUGACUUACCUUAUUCCUCCAAGUCCCCUUUCUCCUCCAGGUCUCACCUUCCGCAUGGGCAGCUCUGCCUCCAAAACCGAUCUUCGGUCUGACCACUGCCCUUUGUCCACAUGGCUUCCACCCUGGUCCAGGUCCCCAUCACCUCUGGCCUGGACACCUGCCUCAUACUGAACCCCAACAGGCAGUGGCCAGAGGGUUCCCAUGAAUGCACGACUCGGGGCACGUCCCUCCCUAAGAGCAGAAGCCAAAAGCCCUCCCCGGGCUCACCAGGCCCUGCACUAUAUGCCCAGUCACCUCCCUACCCUCAUCUCAUGUCCUCCCUCCACUCCCUCCUUGCUGAUCCAUGAGCACUUUAUCAGUGUGGAUUUGGGCAACUCAGCCUCAGUGUCCCCCUCUGUACAAUGAGAGGAAUGGUAGUACCUUCCUCCCAGGGUUGUGAUAAAAGGUGAUGAUGCUACAGGCAUGCAGGCACCUGGCACUUAGGCGCUCAAAAUAUGGGCCUUGAUGUGUUCCUGUCCCUCUGCCUAAACACCCUUCCCUGCAGUCUUCGAGUGGGGCUUCUUUUUAAAAAGAAUGAAAUAUUUGGGCCUCAGGAAAGGCCUUAAAGAAUAGUACAAUGAUCAAGGACACAUCACCUUACACAUGAAAUAAACCAGUGAAGCCCUCUGCCCACACCUGUGGGACACCACCCCCAGCAGCUGCUUGUCACUCAGACCAGAGCUCAGUUCCACCUCCUCCCAGAAGCCCUCCUUCCUCUGCUUUCUGAGUUGCCCUUCCUGCCCAGCCAGGCAGCUUGUCUCACCUACCCAAGCGCUUGGUUUUGCUGACCUGUGUAUUGUCUCCCUUAUGCUGUGAUGGCCACCAGGGUACAAACCCAGUCUUUCUAGUCCCUGAGAUAUUCACAGUGCCCAUAAGAGGUCCUUGGCACACAGCAGGCUCUACGUAAAUACUGUAUUUGCCAAAGGUAAGGGCCCCAGAAUGUCGGCGUGCCUAAGCUGGCCACCACCAGGGGGCAAUAGUGAGCUGCAAACCAGAAGGCAUCACCCACUGCUUUUCGUGUGGAUGAAAAAGUAUUGUGGGGGUGGCAAUCCUAAGGUCCUGGAUAAACCUCAGCCAUCCAGGACUGUCAACUUGUUAAUUCUUUACUGUGAAAACUUACAGAGAUAAUCCAUAUUUCAGAUUUUUCCUUUUGCCUCAGGCUCCACUAUAACCCAGCACUGUUAGUGAUUCUUAAAAUUUCGAUACUUUGUUCAUGGACUUUUUUCAUGCUAAUUGUGCUUUUUGAAAAUAUUGCAUUAAAGUAUUUAUCUUGGUUACUGA